GCUGAAAAAUAAUAAGCGAGAAACUCCUUUUUUUGUUUAAUGGAGGCGGAGCUGAGAGAUUAGAGGGAUACGAUUAUACGAAGGCCUCUCCUCGUCUCCUGCUGUCUUCCUCUCGUGCUCUCGCUUGGCUGUUCUCCAAUCCAGCAACACUCUCGGCUUGCUCAGGCGAAGGACGGUAACCUGUUGCUCUUUCUUUCGCGCUGAAAUGCUUGGUAAUUGAGAGGAGCUGGUCGCUGUGAGACGGUGGGAAGGAGUGGUCUUUGGGAAGAAGGGAUUGUUGUGCGUGGUUGUUGCUAUGGCGUCGAGGGACUUUCUGGGCGGGUUCGGCGAGGAGGCAGGCGCGUCGGGGGAGAGGGCGGGGAGCGCGCCCGGCGGCGAGUCGGACGAGAUCGAGCUCAGCCUGGGCCUGUCCCUUGGCGGCUGCUUCGGCACCGACCCGGCGGGGGAGGCCAAGAAGCCGCGCCUGAUGCGGUCCUCCUCCGUCGCGUCCAUCUGCUCGCUGCCUGGCGCCGACGGCAACGACCUUGCUGCCGUCGCCCCCCCGCCGGCGGAACUCAUGCGCACCACCUCGCUGCCCACCGAGCCCGACGAGGAGCGGUGGCGCCGCCGCGAGAUGCAGAGCCAGAGGCGCCUCGCGGCCAAGCGCAAGCGCCUGGAGCGCCGCAACUCCAUGAACUCCGGCAGGUCGUCCGCCAGCGCCGGCCGCGACGACACCCCGGAGGCGACGUACCCCAGUGGCUUCCAGCUCCGGCGCUCCGGCGCCUCGCAGGGGAGCACCUCGUCAAGCUUGCCAGAGCAAGGUGGUGCCGGUGGCACAUCUUCGGACAACACCAGUGGCCAGAACAGUUCGCUCCCCCCGACGGCAUCAAUGAGAGAGCAGCCGCCGUUGCGCACCCUCCGGUCGCUGACGAUGAGGACGACGAGCACCGGCGACCUCCGCAAGAGCAUGAUGGAGGACAUGCCGAUGGUGUCCUCCCGGGUGUACAGCCCGGACGGCCGCAAGAUUGAUGGCUUCCUGUACAAGUACCGGAAGGGCGAGGAGGUGCGCAUCGUGUGCGUCUGCCAUGGCUGGUUCCUUACCCCGGCAGAGUUCGUGAAGCAUGCCGGCGGCGGCGACGUCCCCAACCCGCUCCGGCACAUUGUCAUCAACCCCCAGGCGUCGGUGUUCUUGUAAUCCUGGAGGGAGGCUGGAGUGUACCUGGUGGGAGAGGCAGAAGCUCAAAACUUUUUUCUUUUUUUCUUCUUCUUGGUACUCAUGAUUAGUUAAUUAUGUUAGCGAUUCUCUGCAUUUUCCGAUGGGUGCAAAGGAAAUGCAGGGCCUGAGCUAGUUACUUGUAAGUUGAAGGGAGUGAACAAAUUCGAUGUCCGAAAUGGAUGCUGGUUCAGUUGAGGCACUCGACCGGCCUCAAAACA